AUGUUGUCAAUUUCCACUCCUCUAUGGAUUUUGGUCUUCCUUCUCUCAGUUUUGAUUGCAAUUGAAUAUUCCAAGUUUCAAUUUGUUUCUAAUAAUUCAUCAACAGCAACCCAACAACCAAAUUAUAUUUACAACAAUUACACAACCAUUCAAUCAAAAUAUUCAACUAGAUCAUUAGAAACCAAUGCCAAUGACAAUAUUAAGAGCUCUAAUAACCCUCCUUCUUCUCUUCCUUCCCCACCAAUUCCAAAACUCACAAUUCAAUUCAUUUCUGAAAAUGUCCAAUACAUUAAUACUGGUUAUCUUCAAGAAAAGUUUACAAAAUCACUCAGUUCAUUGACAGUCCCUCCAAAAAUUCAAUUCGAAUUCAAAAGAUUAAAAUCCAUAGAUGAAAUCACUAAGAAUUCAUUCUUCCUCUUAAUUGUACAAUCCACAAGAUUCCACGAUGAAGAAAGGGAACAUCUCUUGAAGAAGUAUACAAAGGAUAUUCCAUUAGAUCAAUGUGCUGUCAUUUUCGUAUGUCUUUCAGAUUUGAUUAGAUUGACUAAAGAUCAAACUAUGGGAAGAGAUGUUUUCAGUGUGAAAUGGAAUGAAAAUGUCAAACAAAUUAAUGAAAGAGAUGAAAAAACAAUUGGAAAAUUGAUUGAAAAAAUUAUUGGUGAAUAA